GAUUUAAGGAGUGGCUCCGGCCAGAGGGCUCUUCGCUGUCGCCGUCCCUGCUGCCGCACACCGCCACCAUGCCCGUCAAAGGAGGCACCAAGUGUAUCAAGUACCUGCUCUUCGGAUUCAACUUCAUCUUCUGGCUUGCAGGGACAGCAGUUCUUGCAAUCGGACUAUGGCUUCGGUUUGAUUCGCAGACCAAAAGCAUCUUUGAACUGGAAUCCAACAACACAACAUUUUACACAGGAGUUUACAUCCUUAUUGGAGCUGGAGCACUUAUGAUGCUGGUUGGUUUCUUGGGAUGCUGUGGUGCAUUGCAGGAAUCUCAGUGUAUGCUUGGCCUGUUCUUCCUCUUCCUUUUUGUGAUUUUUGCCCUUGAAAUUGCUGCUGCAAUCUGGGGAUUCGCGAAUAAAGAAAAGGUUAUUGAAGAGUUAAAGGACUUCUACAUGGAAACCUAUGGAAAGAGAUCUCAAGCACCUGCCAGAGAGACCCUGAAAGCAUUUCAGUUAGCUCUAGACUGCUGUGGUCUUACAGGAAUUCUGGAACAGCAGUUCAUGGACACCUGUCCAAAGAAGACCAUGGUCGAGUCGCUUUCUGUAGUGUCAUGCCCUGCUGCCAUUGAUGAUGUCUUCAAUUCAAAAUUGAAUGUGAUCGGAGCAGUUGGCCUGGGCAUUGCUAUAAUAAUGAUUUUCGGCAUGAUAUUCAGUAUGGUUCUCUGCUGUGCUAUCCGCAAAAACAGAGAAAUGGUCUAAGAGCUUCAAAACCCAAGACUGCUGCACUAUAAAAUCUGUCAUUAACUUUAGCGUUCUGAAAGCAUUUCUAAAAAGUUAUAUAUUUGUUACCUUUUUAAUGCUUUAUUUGGUACUGAUGUAGGUUUGCUUUUUGUUAUAGGUUAAAAUGAUAAAGAUAUAUCUGACUCAAGACAAAUAUUGUACAUAAAAUAUCUGACUUUUGUGAAACUUACAUAAUUUGGAUGUAAUUUAUGUUGGAGACAAUUUGAUACUUAAUAAAGAAUAAGAUGUAUGUUUGGGGGAGAGGAGGUUUUACUAUGCUUAUUAAUCAUUAUUUGAUGUGUGGCAUGGAGUUGAACUUGCAUAAUGUGUCAAGUGUUAAAUCACUAGGGCUUUAGUAUAAAGCAGGAAAUAACUCCUAUGCCAAUGCCAUAUUUGAAGGGAAUUCCAAGGAAUGGAAGACUACUGUCAGAGCAUGUUGGGGAAGGUGUUGUUAUUCUUCCUUUCCUUGGUGUGUGUGAACAAAAGCAGUUCUUAAUCAUAUACCUAAAAUGUUACUGCCUUAACACUUUUGCUGUCAUCUUCAUGCAGGGUGGCAAAGGAUGACUGUUGCAGUGGUGAUAUGCAGGCAGUGCAUACUUAGCUGCAAACAGGCUGGGCUCUACCCUGGAGCCAGCUGGGCUUUCUUCUGUCAACCUGUCUGCUGACAUAACUGUGUCCCCUGGCAUCUGACAUAGCCUCAGUCCCUUGGCGAGGCAGAUUCCCAUAGCGUAAUGCUCAGGAUUUUUCUCAGUGGCUGGCUUUGUGCUUUGUUUCUCCAAAGCCCCAGUGAAUUACAAUCUCAAGGGCUUAGAGCAUGUGUGCCAAAUCUCAGGUUUCCAAAUGGAAAAAAAAACAAAAGUUGCAUGAAAAAGUUCUGCUCUGCAGUUCCUGCUUGCAGGAGCUAGAGCUGUGGCUAUCCUGUUUCAGUUUGAAAGUGGAUAGGGGAGGGAGCAGAGAUAAUAGUGUGGAAGCCUUAGCCUAAAGAAUUAACAAUUUGUCCUCUACUUCUACUCUGUUGUGGGUUUUGGUUUUUGUUCUGCCCCCCCCCCCCCCAUACCUUCUGGUGGGGGUUGCCUAUGGACUUGGACCCCUACCAGCAAGUUGAUGUGCAAUACCUGUAUCUGGUGUUCCCCUACCGAAGUAUCCCAUCUGUGUUCUGAGAGCUUCUGGUCUUUGUCCUAUAGGUACUACAAAUAUCUACUAGUAGUCCUUGUUCCCAUCCUUCUCUUGAAAUUAGGUGGGUAUUUAUGAUGAGAAGCCUCAAUUGUUGAGGGUCAGGCUCUGGCUGCAACUCUGGACUAAUGCAUGAAUGUAUUGCCCACCUUUGUGCUACACAUUGUCGCUUGUCUAAGGGAUUAUGCAAACCGUACAUCUCUCCUGUAAUGUAUUGUGCUGUUAUGUGUUAAUGGGGCCUUCUUAAAGUCUGGAUUUCAAAAAA